AAACGAACGAUCCAUCUUGAUACAGUUCAGGUGUUCGACCAGGCCCAUCAGGCCAGCGGACAGAGUUUUCCCCGAACGGCGUGUCCCAUUUUACCGUGCUGGGCCACGGAGUGUGAGUUGUGCGAACGCGUACCAUCCGGAGUGUGACAGUGUGUGGUGACAAGCGUUUCGGUGUGUCUUUCGCCGUUCAGCCAAGAUGCUGGCGUUGAACCCAAACUAACCGUGUAGUGUUGGGCCAUUUGUCGCCGUCGUUGUCGUCGUUGUCGGUCGUGAAUGCCAGCUUGUUGGGAUAACUCCCGUGGCCACCAUGACGACCAAUCGAAUGCACAAGGUGUUCCUGUACAGUCUGGCCAUCUCGCUGAUAGCCAUCUUCAUAACGCUGGCCAGCAAAGUGUUCCCAAUCGCCAAUCUGCCCCUGAGUACGAAUCUCAUCAUCGUCGGAACGUGCCUGGCCAAUUUUGCCUCCGUCAUCGCGCUGAUUAUUGGCAUCUUAACGCGCCGACCCCGUUUGGUGAAGAUCGUUAAAAUCUUCAGCUACGUGCAGCUGGGUGCUAUUUUCGUACUGAUCUGCUUGGCAGCCGCCCUGCUCUACCUUGUUAAGGUGGACGUGGAGCACAUCGUGGAGCCGGUUGUGCGACAGAAAUCGUGACAGACGACCCCUCGAGCGUGGCAGGCUGCGUGUAAGCGCAAGGAUCGGUCGCAUCAUCUGCGAUGAGUUAUGGGACGUGCGCAGCUGGCGAUCAAGCCGGCUAAGGUGUCUGGCGGUGGACUGAACUAGGGCGAAUGAAUCGAACGAAUGAACUGAACCGGCGGGUGUGGCGUUUGUAAAAAGAAAAUCAUAUAUACCUUACGAAGGGAGAGCAAUAAAGCG